UACAUUCCAUUUCUCUUCUCCUUUUGAAUAAAAUUAAUUUGUGUUAUGUGCAAAUCAGCUAUGUUGAUAGAUAUUUGCAAAUAGGUAACCUUACAGGAAAAGUUGACACUUUGGGAAAUAUGCUUAUUGACUUUCGUGCUGAAAGUUACAUGAGAAGAAGAUCAAUGCCACUCUCUCAUGGCUGUUUGGUAAAUAUGAAGUUAUCACCAGCAGUCAAUUAGCUUAGCUUAGCAUUAAGAUUGGACAUGGAGGGAAACAGCUAUCCUCCUUCUGCCCAAUGGUAACAAAAAUUCCAUCUUUCAGUACAUAACCCCAUUUUUUAUGCUUUCGUAGUGAGUUUUAGAGGUGCUGGUAGAUAGAUUUUGUUUAGUUUGGACAGAGCCAGGCCAGCUGUCUGCCACUAGUUCCUAUCUUUGUGCUAAGCUAAGCUAACUGACUGCUAAACUAACAGUAUCUUCAUAUUCACCGUACAGACAUGAGAGUAUUGAGCUUCUUAUCUGACUCUCAUCAAGAAAGCGAAAAGGUGUUUCCCAAAAUGUUGUUUCAAUACUAACACUGUACAUUCCUCAUAGCUUUGAGUUGUUUCAUCCCUUUACCAUCCAUCUACCUCUGAGGCCAUUUACUGUAAACCUGCAGUAACAUAAAGAUUAAUUUAAUAUCUUGGGAUUGUAAUGGUAAAAAUUUUUUUUUAAAAGGUAGUUUUUUUUAGGAUGAACACCGGGAUUACAAUUACAAUUUGAUACAUUGGAAAAGGACAAGGAUAAAGGAAAGUAUAGCAAUCUGAAUCCCCUUUUUUAAACAUGUAUUACAUUUAUAUGGGACAGGGUUUUUGUCCUGACAAUUUUAUAAUACUAAAAUGACACUGGAAAUAAGCACCUACAAUAAUUUAUUUUAACACUCAUAUAGGCUACUGUUUUCUAAAGUGACACUGUUCUCAUUGUUCUGACAGAAUAUUAGGUUUCAAUCACUUGGGAAAUAUACAGUACAAUAUGUAAGAGAGAACCGAGGGCUGCAGUGCAAUAGAUCAUAUAAUAAUAUCUUUAACAUCAUGUUGAAAAGCCAUUAAACAUUACAUUUUUAUAAGUAAGUGACGAAGCAUAACAGCUUUCACAACAGACUAAAUGGUUAGGUUGGUGUUGAUAGAUCUUCGUGGGUACACAUGCACAGUCAACCCCAAGCAGAGCUGUGUUUGAAGAAAUUGCUGCCUGUUGACAAUUUAAUUAACCAACUGUCAGUCAUAUCAACACUGAAUCUCUGAUGUCUUCUCCAAAAAUGGUUUUCUUUCAUCCUCUCUUGGGCUGAAAGAAAAAUAAAAUUGGAGGGGUUUAUUUGAUUAUACAGUUGCUUUUAUACUUUGUCCUGGCAUUCCCGGCUUCCAAAGUAAUUGCAUGUGAAGUCUGUGAGUUGUGCGUGCAUGUCUGCAUUUGAUAUCAAGGCCCAGUAACGGUGUACAGCUUCCUAAAACCUAACCAUCCCACCUGCUGUAAACCUCAGAGCGCUGUUCCUCAUCAGUGUCGGAGAUCUAAAAAGCAUCAAGGAUAACAACAAAGCAGAACAUGUUGCUGCUACUCCUUUUUCCUUGUAGAUCUGUUAUGUGUAUAACUGAAAGUGCAUCACCCCACUGUAGGCUACUUGUGAAAUGCAAUAUUAAAGUCUCUUCUGAUUGGUUUAUUCAUCAAUCUAUUUGCAGAGCAAUUGAAGUGUGUGGAAGUAGGGGCAUGUGUCUCAUAGAGCUCGUGGUCAUGAUAUACUGCACUCCUGGAGACACCAGCUCCCUUAUUGGCUGAGCAGUGUUAAUUCAAAAUAAUGAUGAUGUGCAUCAUCCUGUUGCCAGUGGCACCACAGCUGCUCCCAAUGCAUGUACACAUGUCUGUGUGCCAUCUCUUAUGUGGAAUCAAUCAAGGCAGCUGUUACAGAAUCAACCAUUUCCCCGACGAUAAUGACUACGACACAGACAGCUCUGAAUACCUGCUUCGUAUAGUCCGUGCCUCCAGUGUGUUCCCCAUCCUCAGCACCAUCCUGUUGAUGCUCGGCGGGCUGUGUGUCGGGGUGGGCCGAGUCUACAACAAGACCAGCAACGUCCUCCUCAGCGCAGGCAUUCUCUUUGUAGCUGCAGGUCUGAGCAACAUAAUUGGCAUCAUCGUCUACAUCUCCAGCAAUGCAGGAGACCCCAGUGAUAAACGGGACGAUGACAAGAAGUACACUUACUCUUACGGUUGGUCGUUCUACUUUGGCGCCCUCUCCUUCAUAGUUGCGGAAACUGUGGCUGUCCUCGCCAUCAACAUCUACAUUGAGAGAAACAAGGAAGUUCGUUGGAAGGCGCGACGCGAGUUCAUCCGUUCGCUCUCUUCCUCUUCCCCGUACUCGAGGAUACCAAGCUUCCGCUACCGCCGGCGGACAUCACGCGCCAGCUCUCAUUCAACAGAGGCAUCGCGAGAGAACUCGCCUGUGGUCGGUCUGAAGGGGAGGCCAUCUUCCAGUGGGGCCCUGGACGAGCUGUCUAUGUACGCCCUGGCAAGGGACAGUGUGACGGAGAACACGUACAGCCCCGAACAUGAGGCGUCUGCUGAGUUCCUCCAGGUCCAUAACUGUUUCCCCAAUGAUAUAAAGGACGGGGUGAAUCGCAGGACCACACCGGUGUGAUGGGCAUGUUACUGGGCUGGAGGUUCACCUCGAAGUGGAGGAAUAGUAAAUGAUGAAAAAUUUGUUGGCUAAUCUGUUGGAGCCGGAGUGCUUUUGAUAGCCUGCCACCAGACGCACAGUAUUCGGAGAGGCUGUCCUUUUUGAAAGGACCUGAGGAGAAAAGAGGACAGUCAGCUGGACGGAAGAUGAGCCAAUUAACCAAACCUUCAUUUAUCUGCCUGUAAAGAUCAUCAAAGCAAAAUAAAUGUACAUAAUCUGUGCUGUAGCUGAUUCAAAAUUGGCGUUAUCUUUCAACUGUCGAAAUGCUUCAUUGAGCAGUGUGUGGAUCUCAAACCUUUGUCUUUGUAAUGGUCACUAAACAUUGUGGGUGUGAGAUGUGCCAAUCAGCAGUAUUCUACCUGUAAAUUAUUCAACAAGGUGCUAAAUGAAAUAUACUCUUCAACUUGAAAGUGUUCCUUUUGUGUGUGCAGUUUCUAUAAAGUGUCGACCCUUCUCCAAAGUUUGUAUCGUGUCCUCAUAACCAGUUUGGUCUUGCCUUAUGCUCUAAUCAUAUGUUUGAUAGAGACAACAGCACAGUCCUUUAGAAUAAGGCAUGGCCUUUUAAACAAACAAACUAAUAUUUUUACGGUAGUAUGGUUUGGGAGUCAGUGUCUUCACAAAUGAUUGACUUGCUGAGUUGUAAUGUAUUGAAUGUCAAGUGUUUUAGCUGAUUGUACAAGUCAACCAUCCAAUCCUCUAAAAAAAGUAUGAAAUAUAAAAGGUUUUGUCUCCCUCGCUGUCUCGUCCUUAAUCUUAUUCUUCUCUGACAUUUGUUAUGUUGUUAUGUCCACGUUGUCAGUAGAGCACCUAUGUUCAAUGGCCCCUUUUCAUUCACUUCCAUAUCAGUCCAGGCCAUCCAUCCAUCAACACCUCCCGAUGGAUGUGACAUUGUGUAUGUGCCUGUCACAAGAGAAGAGCAGCAGAAUAAAAGACGGGCCCUAGAACUGUGAAAACGGCACAGGUCAGGACUUCCCUUUGCUCUGAAUGAAAACAGAGAGUUUAAUGGAUAAGGAUCAGAGCCAGGCGGAGAAUGCUUGUCUGUCUGUCACAUCACCUGUGAGUCCAUCUGGCUGCCUUUUCUCCCCUCUCAUGUCGAACACAGGACCAAGAAAGAGGCAAAGGGAGCUGUCUGCUCUGCGUCUCUGAAGGCUUCAAUAACCAGACGUGUGUGUGUGUGUGUGUGUGUGUGUGUGUGUGUGUGUGUGUGUGUCUGUGUGUCUGUGUGUGUGUGUGUCUGUGUGUGUGUACUGUGGUCCUGCACGUCCAUGAUUCAUUUAGUUCUCUCAGGAAAUACUGUGUUGUUGUGGCAGGUUAAACACUUUUGAGGUCCUCUCCCUACUUUGUGGCAGUGCUGGGGAAUGGACCAGGGAUAAAGAUAAACCUGGUAAAAAUGAUUUGAGGGGAAAAAAAACGCCAUACUGUAUUUAUUAAGUGCUGUGACUGUGCUGUGAGCUUGAGCUUUCUCCAAGAACCAGCUGGUGUUUGUUUUUUUAUUUUAGUCUUAGGGCUAUUCAGUUGGAUCUGGCUUGGCAAGUGAGCUCACCCAACCACAGAGUCGUAUUUGAUUGUAUUUUGGGUGUUUGAUAUACCGUUAGAGAUAACACUUCAUAUACCAGGCUUAGCUCAUAGAAUAAAAGAAAGCCAUCAGUAUGAUCUAUUCUGAGUGUACACUUUUAUAUUACGGUUUUGGGGGUGAAAUCCAAAUGUAUUUGUUUGUAAUGUAAAGCUGUAUAUAAAAGUACAAUAAAAAAAAGCAUUGAAUGUUC